AUGACCGCCAACCCAUCACACCAAACCUCAGCUGCUACGUCAGUCUCAGACCUUAGCAAACCGCCUGUUCCGAUUCUCGACGAGAAAGACGUCGCGGUCGAUACAAACAAUGAAUCACCAGCACUACCGGUCGAUGUGGAGAAGGAUGCCGAUGAACUCAAUCGUGAGCUGUCACGUAUCAACACAGCCGAUUACCCAUCAGCGUUUCCAUUGACCAUGAUUGUCAUUGCCCUUGCUUGCAGUAUCUUUCUUGUCGCUCUCGACAUGACUAUUGUUGCGACUGCCAUCCCCAAGAUCACAGAUCAGUUUCACUCGUUGGACCAGGUUGGCUGGUAUGGCUCUGCCUUCUUCCUCACGGUUGGAUCAUUCCAAGCCACUUGGGGCAAGGUUUACAAAUACUUCCCACUCAAGACAUCUUACCUGGUCGGCAUUUUCAUCUUUGAAGUUGGCUCCUUGAUCUGCGCAGUCGCCAACAACUCAACCACUCUGAUCGUUGGCAGAGCUAUUGCAGGCAUGGGAGGGGCUGGUAUCGCCUCCGGAUCCUACACGAUCAUCGCUUUCUCUGCCCCUCCUAACCGUCGACCGGCUCUUACUGGUGCAAUGGGUGCAACUUUCGGCAUAGCAUCUGUUAUUGGCCCUCUCCUUGGUGGCGUAUUUACUGAUCACUUGUCAUGGCGCUGGUGCUUUUACAUCAAUCUGCCUAUUGGUGGUGUGGCCGCCGCUAUAAUUUUAGCUUUCUUCCAUACUCCCAAGGCAGCAAAGCCUCAAGCGGCAAGUUGGAAAGAGAAGUUCUUGCAAAUGGAUUUCCCUGGAACAUUCACGUUAAUGGCUGCCAUCAUCUGUUAUCUUCUUGCUAUGCAGUGGGGAGGAGCCACCAAACCCUGGUCGGACGGGUCUGUCAUCGCAACAUUGGUGCUCUUCGGAGUCCUAGUCAUCGCCUUCCUCGUCAUUGAGUAUUACCAGGGCGAACGUGCACUACUACUCGGACGUCUAAUGAAGGACCGCACGAUCGCAGCUCAAUGCGCUUAUAUCACCAUGAUUGCUGGAGGCUUCUUCGUCCUCCUUUACUACCUUCCAAUCUACUUCCAGGCCACAAGAGGUGUUUCUGCUGCCAAGUCUGGAAUUAACAAUCUCCCUCUGGUCUUCGGAGCAAGCCUUUUCUCCAUCGUCGCUGGUGUCUUGUUGACAGUGUGGGGUCAAUAUAUCCCUCUUAUGGUUUUUGGUUCAGCUGUCGCCACUAUCGGCUCUGGUUUGAUCUACACACUGGAGAUCGACAGCGGAAGCCCAAAGUGGAUUGGUUAUCAAGCUCUUGUGGGCAUCGGUAUCGGUCUCGCAUUUCAAAUCCCAGUCAUCGUUUCCCAGGCUGUUGUCAAACCAUCAGAUCUAUCGACUGUCAGUGCCAUCGUCCUUUUCUUCCAGACAGUAGGAGGAGCCAUCUUCAUCUCUGCUGCUCAAUCAGGCUUCGUCAAUCAGCUGCUCAAGGAACUUAAGAAGACAGCUCCCACCGUCAAUCCUGCACUAGUUGUCGCCACGGGCGCUACAGAUUUGAGAAAAGUGUUCAAUGAAGACGAACUACCCGGCAUCCUGGCCGCAUACAUGGAAGGCUUGAAAAUCCCAUAUGCGAUCUGCAUUGCCUUUGCAGGUCUCAGCUUCAUCGUUGCCUUUGCUCCGAGAUGGGAGAGCAUCAAAGGCAAGGUGAGAUUGGACGGUGGCGUCUAA